AUGCGGCCUCCUACGUAUAUCAGCCUUUCUUUGACCUUCCUCUCCUGCGCCUCGAUCACGAUUGCGCAAUGCACCCUCAAUAUACCUCAAAAUCCCCUUACUGCACAGGGUCUCGCCACUCCAUAUGAAUUAACCGGGUGCAACCAACUGGAUUUUGCCAACCAGGGUGUGUUUGUUGAAGCCGCGAUCAUCGAUCCUGCGACCGGCCAAAUUCAGAUAUAUAAUCCCCUGGUCAUCAAUGCUGGGAUGACAGCCGUCGGGACCACCAGGGCUGGCUUUUUCAUUCCCCCGAUUGUUCCAACUUUCCCCGCCAACGCAGUUGUUGCUUUGUGGUUUGGGUCUAACGCCCAAACUGUCACGCUCACGGGGGACACUGCAACCUGUGUCAAUGGCUUGGGCACUUCAGUGUUUGGGCAGUUUGCGUACUGCAAUGCGCCAGCAUGGUUCAGUGCCGCCAAUACAGCAGUUCAGAACGGUAUGACGAAAGUCCUCGCCCCAGGUACAGGGUCUGGACAAGCCUGUCCUACCAUUCGCGACUUCCGCAUUGUCGAUCAGGAUCAAUCAGACAAUGUCGUCACCACGUACCUCAUGAUCGGCACCGACACUCUUGCUCAAAAUACUCCAGCUAACUCCAAGGCGAACCCCAAUGCGGAGGUACUGUCGAAUGCAUCCGACAAUGCUCUCAUCAGUGAAUUCAUACAGCCUUCUCUCGGGUGUACUGCUUAUUCGAACCCUUGCACAACUUGCCCGAGUGGACAGAGUCCCGCCCUUGCCACUAAUGAACUUCAAGCUUCCUAUUUCCCACCUGUUGGUGGUCCAGCAAUGGUGCCUCUGAAUGACCCUAUGGUCCUUAUCGAUGGACAGCAGUCUCUCCAGAAAGUAAAUCUAUAUCGAGCAGGUGUCAAUCAAGCCCAAGCCGAUAACGCGAAUGCAUCAGGCACAACAUAUUGCCAACAAUUUGCGCAGUCAGGUCUUUUCAUCUCCUUGAAUCAACAAUUGUUCACUGGCAAGACGUCGCCCGCUGCUGACCAGGCGACAAAUCUAUUCACUUUCCUAGCCAUGAGGUUCUCCAUGUCCUUUGGUCCAGUACCUGGUCUUGCGUGCACGCAGCUUUUAAAUGUUGUUAACCCGGUAACCCUUACGACUGAUGGAAAUGGCGUUGUGACGGCUGCAACAAUCAAUACACAAGCGCUGCAGCAGAUUUUGGGAGGAGUGGUAAGUGGAUCCUCUGGAAUUAAACUGGUGGGUAAAUAA